AUGUGGCGUUUCUCAUUAAAAAACUCCAAGCAGUUCUUCGUUUCUCAUAACAUUUUUUUCGCGUUAACUAAUAAUCAAAAGUUAACAUGUAAAUUCCGAUUUUCUUUACCAAAUCGAACAUAUAUACCUCGAGUGAGAUUAUAUAAUAGACCAUCAAUUGUUAAGCCUAUUUUAUUCGCAUGCUUCACGUCGGGCACAGCCUAUGCAGUUGCCUUGACUUAUUCCGAAUAUAAACGAAGGGCUAGCAGCAACAGAACUCUUAUAGAACAAUAUAAUAGGGAGGAGACGUCUGUUAUUCCAAGCUGGGUCAAAAGAGUAUUUAGUCAACAACUGAGGAAGUUACAGGAUUGGAACGUUUAUAUAGAAAUUGAAAGGAACAUUGCACUUAUAACGAAACGAUGGCGUUCAUUAAAUGAUAGCGAUAAAACUUUAUUAGUAUUAAUAGGAAUCAAUGCUAUAGUCUUUGGAAUGUGGCAAUUGGCACCACUUCAACGUUUAAUGGAAAAGCGCUUUGUUCAUCAUCCAUUAUCUGGUCGAAUGUUUACAUUACUGACAUCAGUUUUUAGUCAUAAAGCGGCAUGGCAUUUCGGUUUUAACAUGUUUGCAUUAUGGUCUUUUGGUGGUGUAGUUUAUAGAAUUUUUGGUAAAGAACAAUUUCUCGCAUUUUACAUCAGCUCAGGAGUAACAUCCUCAUGCAUAAGCCACAUAUUUUCCUUGAUGUUUAAAGAUUGGAAGAACAUAAUAGGCUCAUUGGGAGCUUCGGGAGCUAUUUUUUCGUGUUUAGGCGCGUGUGCCAUAAAAUAUCCUGACGCUUCAGUAUAUUUGAUAUUUCUUCCAUUCUUUCCUAUAAAGAUUGGUUAUGCACUUCCAGCACUCAUGGCUUUUGAUUUAUACG